UAGUGCAGGGGUAGACGACCCUGGUCCUGGAGGACCACUCUAGUGCAGGGGUAGACGACCCUGGUCCUGGAGGACCACUCUAGUGCAGGGGUAGGUCCUGGAGGACCACUCUAGUGCAGGAGUAGAUGACCCUGGUCCUGGAGGACCACUCUAGUGCAGGGGUAGACGACCCUGGUCCUGGAGGACCACUCUAGUGCAGGGGUAGACGACCCUGGUCCUGGAGGACCACUCUAGUGCAGGGGUAGACGACCCUGGUCCUGGGGGACCACUCUAGUGCAGGGGUAGACGACCCUGGUCCUGGAGGACCACUCUAGUGCAGGAGUAGACGACCCUGGUCCUGGAGGACCACUCUAGUGCAGGGGUAGACGACCCUGGUCCUGGAGGACCACUCUAGUGCAGGAGUAGACGACCCUGGUCCUGCAGGACCACUCUAGUGCAGGGGUAGACGACCCUGGUCCUGCAGGACCACUCUAGUGCAGGGGUAGACGACCCUGGUCCUGGAGGACCACUCUAGUGCAGGAGUAGACGACCCUGGUCCUUCCUGGAGGACCACUCUAGUGCAGGGGUAGACGACCCUGGUCCUGGAGGACCACUCUAGUGCAGGGGUAGACGACCCUGGUCCUGGAGAACCACUCUAGUGCAGGGGUAAACGACCCUGGUCCUGGAGGAUCACUCUAGUGCAGGAGUAAACAACCCUGGUCCUGGAGGACCACUCUAGUGCAGGGGUAGACGACCCUGGUCCUGGAGGACCACUCUAGUGCAGGAGUAGACGACCCUGGUCCUGGAGGACCACUCUAGUGCAGGGGUAGACGACCCUGGUCCUGGAGGACCACUCUAGUGCAGGGGUAGACGACCCUGGUCCUGGAGGACCACUCUAGUGCAGGGGUAGACGACCCUGGUCCUGGAGGACCACUCUAGUGCAGGGGUAGGUCCUGGAGGACCACUCUAGUGCAGGGGUAGGUCCUGGAGGACCACUCUAGUGCAGGGGUAGACGACCCUGGUCCUGGAGGACCACUCUAGUGCAGGAGUAAACGACCCUGGUCCUGGAGGACCACUCUAGUGCAGGGGUAGACGACCCUGGUCCUGGAGGACCACUCUAGUGCAGGGGUAGACGACCCUGGUCCUGGAGGACCACUCUAGUGCAGGGGUAGACGACCCUGGUCCUGGAGGACCACUCUAGUGCAGGGGUAGACGACCCUGGUCCUGGGGGACCACUCUAGUGCAGGGGUAGACGACCCUGGUCCUGGAGGACCACUCUAGUGCAGGAGUAGACGACCCUGGUCCUGGAGGACCACUCUAGUGCAGGGGUAGACGACCCUGGUCCUGGAGGACCACUCUAGUGCAGGAGUAGACGACCCUGGUCCUGCAGGACCACUCUAGUGCAGGGGUAGACGACCCUGGUCCUGCAGGACCACUCUAGUGCAGGGGUAGACGACCCUGGUCCUGGAGGACCACUCUAGUGCAGGAGUAGACGACCCUGGUCCUUCCUGGAGGACCACUCUAGUGCAGGGGUAGACGACCCUGGUCCUGGAGGACCACUCUAGUGCAGGGGUAGACGACCCUGGUCCUGGAGAACCACUCUAGUGCAGGGGUAAACGACCCUGGUCCUGGAGGAUCACUCUAGUGCAGGAGUAAACAACCCUGGUCCUGGAGGACCACUCUAGUGCAGGGGUAGACGACCCUGGUCCUGGAGGACCACUCUAGUGCAGGAGUAGACGACCCUGGUCCUGGAGGACCACUCUAGUGCAGGGGUAGACGACCCUGGUCCUGGAGGACCACUCUAGUGCAGGGGUAGACGACCCUGGUCCUGGAGGACCACUCUAGUGCAGGGGUAGACGACCCUGGUCCUGGAGGACCACUCUAGUGCAGGGGUAGACGACCCUGGUCCUGGAGGACCACUCUAGUGCAGGGGUAGACGACCCUGGUCCUGGGGGACCACUCUAGUGCAGGGGUAGACGACCCUGGUCCUGGAGGAUCACUCUAGUGCAGGAGUAGACGACCCUGGUCCUGGAGGAUCACUCUAGUGCAGGGGUAGGUCCUGGAGGACCAGGUGUGUUGAUUUUAGGCACUGAACUGAUCAAUGAUCUCAGUUGGUCAGGUGUGGUGCCUAGAUGGUGCAGUUCCUGAACUGUGUUUCCUGCCCUGCUCUACAGCAUGUCAAACCUCACUCCCAUCUCCAUUACAGUCAGUCCUGAACUGUUUCCUGCCCUGCUCUACAGCAUGUCAAACCUCACUCCCAUCUCCAUUACAGUCAGUUCCUGAACUGUUUCCUGCCCUGCUCUACAGCAUGUCAAACCUCACUCCCAUCUCCAUUACAGUCAGUCCUGAACUGUUUCCUGCCCUGCUCUACAGCAUGUCAAACCUCACUCCCAUCUCCAUUACAGUCAGUCCUGAACUGUGUUUCCUGCCCUGCUCUACAGCAUGUCAAACCUCACUCCCAUCCCCAUUACAGUCAGUCCUGAACUGUUUCCUGCCCUGCUCUACAGCAUGUCAAACCUCACUCCCAUCUCCAUUACAGUCAGUCCUGAACUGUUUCCUGCCCUGCUCUACAGCAUGUCAAACCUCACUCCCAUCCCCAUUACAGUCAGUCCUGAACUGUUUCCUGCCCUGCUCUACAGCAUGUCAAACCUCACUCCCAUCUCCAUUACAGUCAGUCCUGAACUGUUUCCUGCCCUGCUCUACAGCAUGUCAAACCUCACUCCCAUCCCCAUUACAGUCAGUCCUGAACUGUUUCCUGCCCUGCUCUACAGCAUGUCAAACCUCACUCCCAUCUCCAUUACAGUCAGUCCUGAACUGUUUCCUGCCCUGCUCUACAGCAUGUCAAACCUCACUCCCAUCUCCAUUACAGUCAGUCCUGAACUGUUUCCUGCCCUGCUCUACAGCAUGUCAAACCUCACUCCCAUCCCCAUUACAGUCAGUCCUGAACUGUUUCCUGCCCUGCUCUACAGCAUGUCAAACCUCACUCCCAUCUCCAUUACAGUCAGUCCUGAACUGUUUCCUGCCCUGCUCUACAGCAUGUCAAACCUCACUCCCAUCUCCAUUACAGUCAGUCCUGAACUGUUUCCUGCCCUGCUCUACAGCAUGUCAAACCUCACUCCCAUCCCCAUUACAGUGACGUCUGCAUCAACUCACUCACGUUAAGUUUGUUAGGUACAAA